UGCUGGUCACUACAGAGAAGUAGAGUCAUUUCCUCAUAGACGUCUAUGGGAGCAGAGGAGUCGCCCCCUGCUGGUCACUACAGAGGAUGCAGCUUUAACACUUGACUCUUAACGUGAAGAACCAGGGAUUGCAGAUGAGUCACGAGGAAUCGUGUUUUUAAAUGUUUCAGUAUGGACCACAGCCACACACUGGCAUUGAAACAAUAAACUGGACGUUGAUCCUGGUACCUUUCGGCUACAUUACACCAGGUUGUAUAAGGAAUGCUUUGUUGCCUCCACAGGUCCUGUUCUGCUACAUGUCUUUGAUUUUUCUGUGAUUAAAUGCAUUCAUUUCAGCUUUUCUUUGUCUUGCUGCAGUUGGUCGUAUUUUGCAGUAAGCAAGCCAGAAUGCUUUUCUUUCCCACAAUGCUGUGCACAGCAGAUAUAUGAGCAAACAACCUGGAAGAGUGUUAAUGCAAAGAGGAGGUACCAAUUGAAUGCAUUCUGCAUGUACUUUGUCAACAUGCCGCUGGAACAAAGCGAAGAAUCAGGGAUCAGACCCUUUUCUGUCCUACUGGUUUUUUUAGGUCAGCCAAUCAAUGAGUCGUGUUUACGGUAAAAUAAACAUUUUAAUUAGGAAAAUUAAGUAUCAAGGGAACUGAACACUGAGUUCUUUCUUUCUUAAAAACAUCCCACCAUGUUUACUCGUUUCCCAUCAGUGUUGAUUCCUCCUCCACCCAGAAGUCAGGUUUAUUGUGCCAGCCUUUGUGAAACGAAAGCCGCCCCCCCCUACCCCCCCCCAAGGUUACACAGAAAAACAUACAAUUACAACCAGAUGCUGGCUUGCUUCUCAGAAGAGAGCUGCUCUGGGACCAGUCGGUUGCUCACUGUGGGUUGAGCAUCUUAUUGAUAUGUGACCUGAGCGGUGGUCCUAAAUCAGCGCCUUGUUCGUGGAGACCUCAUUCGUUGACUCUUACUCCACCUCCUACGCGGAGCAGCAGGGACACCCCGCUCCCCAAAACCUCCUGAAGCUUCGUUCCAGAGCAGAGCGACCACUCCGCAGCCAUGAGGCGCUUCUUCCUGCUGCUUUGGGUUCUGCUGCUGCCUCCUCGGCAGGCGCUCGCGGCCAACUGCAACCCGGUGACGUCCAGCUUUUGCCGAGGUUUGGGAUACGCCACGACGUCCCACCCGACCGGAGCGCCGGGCUACAGCCUGCAGCAGGCCGCUCAGCUGGUGGAGACGGCGUGCUCGCCCAACGUGGCCGCGCUCGUGUGCCGGGUCGUGGUGCCCGAGUGCGGCGCAGAGGAGAGCAGCCAGAAGAGGCUCUGCAGGGCUCUCUGCGAGAAGGUCAAGGCGGACUGCGAGUCCGCCCUCAAGGCCAAGAGGCUGAGCUGGACCACCAGGCUCCGCUGCGACGCUCUACCGGAGGCCAACUGCGUGCAGGGUCCACCUGCCAGCGGGCUUCACCCGCCUCCCGCCUCCUGUCAGCCGAUCACCGUCCCGCUCUGCGGAGACCUGUCCUACACCGAGACCGUCCUGCCCAACCUCCUGGGCCACGCCACUCAGGAGGAGGCGCGGGCGGCCCUGCAAGCGUUCGCAUCGCUCAUGCAGGUGGGGUGCUCCACCCAGCUGAAGCCUUUCCUGUGCUCCGUCUACACCCCUAAGUCCCUUUCGGGGAGCCCUCGGCCGCCCUGCAGAGCGCAGUGCGAGCAGGCGCGGACCGGCUGCGGGUCGCUGAUGAAGAGGAUCGGCUCGCAGUGGCCGGAGGCCCUGAGGUGCGAGGCCUUCCCCACCGAGUCCUGCGAACACUACGGCGUGGGCCGCGGCGGGGGCGUCUGUGAGCCCAUCACCAUACCCAUGUGCCAGGGCCUGGCCUACAACCAGACCGUCACUCCCAACCUCCUGGGCCACACCAGUCAGAGAGAGGCGGUCGUGAAGAUGUCCUUCUUCAACGCCAUGGUGCAGAGCAUGUGCUCCGUGGACAUCCGCCUGUUCGUGUGCACCGUGUACGCCCCCCAGUGCUCGGCGGGGGAGGUGCAGCGGCCCUGCAGGUCUUUCUGUGAGAGAGCCAAACGGGGCUGCGAGGGUCUGAUGACCAGCUUCGGCGUCUCGUGGCCAGACGAGCUGCAGUGUAACGCGUUCCCAGAGGACGACUGUAUAUCGGAAGACCGCAAGCCUGAGAUGUUGUAUGCCGAGGGAGUUCUUGCUAAGCUGAUCGCCGGCGGCUUCUCUGUUCGUGGCAAAACGCUGAGUAUCAAAACCGCCCGGCUGCUGCUGACUUUCAUGGACACCGACAAGACCGGGUACCUGGACGUGGCGGAGGUCUUCAAGCUGGAGCACUAUGUGGCUGUUGUCAGAAGGGAGUACGUGGAGAGCUACGAGAAGAGGAACCCCCCCUCCAUCCCCCUAACCCAAAUGAAAAAGGCUCUCCGUGAAUUUGAGUUGGACGAUGAAACCUUCAGAGUUCUGUGGAGCGAGAACAGCAGCGAACGCGGGAUCGACUACGACGAGUUCGUGGCCGUCCUGACGAAGCUUCAGAUCCUCAGAGAGCGUUUCCAUGCCAACCUGCUGAGGCUGCCGUGCGACUGCCAGGUCGCCAGCUUCUCCUUCAAGCAGUUCAUGAAAUCAGCGAUAAUUUGAAGACCAAACCGGAGAAAAGGGAUCAGGAGUGAAUCUGUUUGCAGCUUUAAGUCCAGAUGUGCUUAUUGAGGAUUGUUUUCAUCAUCCUCUUUCUUAACGUUCAGGAACGUUUUGUCAUCGAUGUCUGAAUUUUGUCUUCAGUAAAGUUUUCUGUGUGUGCGUUUGUAUUUUGAGAUCACGCUUGAGACUUCUGAAAAAACUGUUUCCUCUCACUUAUAUUAAAAUGUUCUCUGUACUUUAUAAUGUACGUUCAAUAAAAAACAUCUGAAGAAAUGA